AUGGCGCAAAACUCCAGGCCUGUGGCGGAGUCUUCCAUCAUCAAGUUCAAGGACCAGGACUUCAGCUCCUUGCGGGAUCAUUGCUUAAGCAGGCACCAGCUCUUUGAGGAUGAGACAUUCCCUGCCACGGCUUCUUCCAUAGGCCAGAAGUUGCUCCAGGGAAAGAACCUGUCCAGACUGAAGUGGAAGCGGCCACACGAUUUGUCAGCGGGCCCCCCUCACUUCAUCCUGGAAGGUGUAAGCAGAUUUGACAUCCACCAAGGAGAAGCCGGAGACUGCUGGUUCCUGGCAGCGCUGGGCUCCUUGACCCAGAACCCACAGUGUCUGCAGAAGAUCCUGCUACACCAGAGCUUUUCUCACCAGUAUGCGGGGAUUUUCUGCUUCCGGUUCUGGCAGUGUGGCUGCUGGGUGGAAGUGGUGGUGGAUGACCGCCUGCCUGUCAUGGACAAGGCCUGCCUCUUCGUGCGUCCUCGCCAAGGCAACCAAGAGUUCUGGCCCUGCCUGCUGGAGAAAGCCUAUGCCAAGCUACGUGGAUCCUAUUCCCAGCUGCACUACGGCCACCUCCCUGACGCCCUGGUGGACCUCACGGGAGGAGUAGUCACCGCCGUCAGCCUGCACUCGUCCCCUUCUGACCUGGUGAGGGCAGUGAAGAUGGCAGCCAGGGCAGGCUCCCUGAUGACCUGCGCCACGCGGAAGGGGCCAACAGAUGAGGCCCAGGUGAUGGGGAACGGGCUGGUGGAUCAGCACGCCUACACGGUGACCGGGGCUGAGCAGAUCCAGUACAGGGGAGGCCAGGAAGGACUCAUUCGCCUGUGGAACCCCUGGGGCAACACGGAGUGGAGAGGGCGCUGGAGGGAUGGGUCUCAAGAGUGGCAGGAAACCCACGAUCAGCGGAAAAGCCAGCUAUAUGAGAACAGGGAAGAUGGCGAGUUUUGGAUGUCAUGUCAAGAUUUCCAGGAGAACUUCACCUGCUUAUACAUAUGCAACCAAAUUCCAAUCACCCUGGACCAAGGAAAUAUGUCCAAUGAAAGAUGGUCUCAAAUGAUAUUUAAGAAUCAAGUGAUUCUAGGAAACACUGCAGGAGGACCUCAGAGGGACACUCACUAUCUCUUUUCUGUGCAAGAGCCCAUGGGAGGCAGCAAUGUCGUUGUGUCCCUCACCGUCAGGCCACAAAGUUUGAAGGCAGAAGAUGACCAGUUUCCUCUACACUUCCAGGUCUUCAAGGUGGACUCUCAGUUCCGGGAGUUCCAGGAGAGAUUGCCGCCCACCUUUUUUUCCCCAUUCAGAAACGCUGCCCAGGGUGUAGACUGUGAAACCAAGUGUAACCUGACAAGGUUCCUACACCUGAACCCUGGGACCUACGUCGUGGUCCCCUCCACACAUCGAGAAGAAGCCGAGUUCCUGCUCCGAAUCUUCCUGAAAGUGCCGGAUGGUGACAGGAACUUCAGCAGUGAUUUCAACCUCAAAGCACUGCAGGAAAGUGUAUCAGAGGAAGCCUCCCCAGAAGUCGUUUUCCACAGAUACACUCAGCAGGGGCUGGACGUGGAUGCUACCCAGCUGCAGAGCCUCCUCAACCAGGAGCUCCUGUCAGGACCUGCGGGGGACACGUUCUCCUUGGAUGAGUGCCGCAGCAUUGUGGCUCUGAUGGAUUUGAAAGUGAACGGACGGCUUGACCAAGAGGAGUUUGCGAGACUGUGGCGGCGCCUUGUCCACUACCAGCAUGUUUUCCAGAAACUCCAACAGAGCUCUGGAGUUCUCCGGAGCUCAGACCUGUGGAAGGUCAUAGAGAAUACAGACUUCCUCACAGGGGUCUCCAUCAGCAGGGAGCUGCUGCAUCGCAUGACCCUGCGGUACAGCGACAGCUCCGGCAGCAUCAGCUUCCCCAGCCUGGUCUGCUUUCUGAUGCGCCUGGAAACCAUGGCAAAGACUUUCCGUAACCUCUCCAAGGAUGGAAAAGGACUGUACCUGACAGAAAUGGAGUGGAUGAACCUGGUCAUGUACAGUUGA